GUGGAAAAGGACAGAGAAUGUAUAUAUUCGGCAAAGAAUAAUAUUUGGGCACAGAGCAUUCAGUCAGUUUGUUGUAGUUAGUUUUUCUAUGGUUUGGGGAGGGUAAAAUGGUAGCUGGUGGUAGCACUACAUUGAAAGUGGAGUAGCGAAGUUUUAAAGUUUUUUUCUGAACCAUUCCAAACUGUUCAGUAUGUAGUGCUUUUAACAGUGUGGUUGCACUCAGGAGUUUGUUCGACUGUUUAUAAUGUCAUAUUGUAACGUGUUUUGAGAAAGAUCGCAUGUGUACCACUUUCUCGGAGAUAGCAUUUCUUUAAGAGCUUGUUUUCGAAUUUUAUUAGGAGUAAAUAAUAUUUUUGGAAUAUAUCUAUGAUAUCAACUGUUUAAAUAUAGACAAUUAAGUUGUAUAUUAUUCUUGUGAAUAUUUGCUAAAAUGUACUUUUUAGUACAUAAAUACUUCUAAAACCUUGUCAUUGACGUUUGAGUGUUGCUGCCUGUGCUCUGACGUUUGAGCACUUUGUAUUGUAAGCAAAUUUAAUUAAAUUAAUAACAAAACAUUGGUGCGACGUAAGUGGCAUAACUUCACAAGUUAGAUGUAUUCGUACAGAUAAAAUCCAUUGACAUGGCUUUCUAAAUAAUUACAUAAAGUUGUGUGAAGGUUGCAAAGAACUAUGGCUCCAGUGCCAUUAGAAGGACAUCAAACUCCUGUGGGCAAUAAUGUCCCACAGGAGGGAUCAAGAGGAGGUUCGAUUCCAUUAGCCAAGCUUAUAGAUUUUAUAAUUCAGCGUACAUACCAUGAAUUAACAGUUCUAGCUGAAUUACUUCCCCGCAAAACUGAUAUGGAACGCAAAAUUGAAAUACAUAACUUCUCGGCUCGAACUCGCCAAUUGUUUGUGAGACUUCUGGCGUUAGUAAAAUGGGCAAAUAGUGCUUCAAAAGUUGAUAAAUCUGGGCUUAUAAUGGCAUUUUUGGAUAAACAGUCUAUGUUGUUUGUGGAUACUGCUGAUAUGUUGGCUCGCAUAGCACGAAACACAUUAGUACAUGCUCGUUUGCCAAACUUUCACAUUCCUGCUGCAGUUGAAGUUCUAACAACAGGAACUUAUUCCAGGUUACCUGCUUGUAUAAGGGAACGCAUUGUGCCUCCAGAUCCCAUUACUCCUGCUGAAAGAAGAACCACUCUGCUAAGAUUAAAUCAAGUUAUCCAACAUAGACUUGUCACUGGCAAUCUUCUUCCUCAGAUGCGAAAUCUGAAGAUUGAAAGUGGAAGAGUCACAUUUACAGUUGAGCAUGAAUUUGAAGUUUCACUUACGGUGAUGGGAGAUGGUCCAAACAUACCAUGGCGAUUGUUAGAUAUUGAUAUUCUUGUGGAAGACAAAGAAACUGGAGAUGGGAAAGCAUUGGUUCAUUCCUUACAGGUGCAAUAUAUUCAUCAGCUAAUUCAAGCUCGAUUAGUUGAUAACCCCAACCCUCUCACAGAAGUUUACAACUGUUUACAUUUUUUUUGCCAGAGUUUGCAACUUGAGGUCCUUUAUUCACAGACACUGAGAUUGUGUCGAGAUCGCUUAGAUGAUCAUAUACAUGUGGAUGAAUACACUCCAGGAAAAUGUUUAUCUAUUUCCUACUGGCGUGAAUUAACAUGCCGGGACCCGAGAUCAGAACUUGGUUAUCGCCUAACUGUUCAAGUUGAUACACAUGACCCUGCUCGACCAUUGGCAGUUGUUCAUGUACCUUCUCUUGGCAAUAAGGAGAGUGAAAUUGCUGACCGUGCUAUUCGUUCCGAUUUAUUGUCUUUGGAAAGAUUAUUGGUUCAUACAAUAUAUGUACGAACUCGAAGCAGAUUAGCUGAAUUAAAGCAAGAAUUGCAAAGCAUGCUAAAGGAUGUUGAAUGUCAGUUGCAGGGAUCACCUGCCAUUCUCUCUGUGCCAGUUUUGCAACCAUGCCUUCGUGCUGAACAGCUUCUUGUAACGGUAGAUACCCAUACCGGCAUGCUGCAAUGCCACGUACCUCAGUAUGAUGCUCCUUUGGUUCCUGAAUUGCAGGCAGCCUUGAAUGGAGAUCAUUCACGAUUACCUACUUUAGUUUCGGAAUUGAGGUACUGGUUAACACAAAGGCGUUGUGAAAAAACCUUGCAACAUUUACCUGCCACUCCUCAUGAAAGACUGCCACUCUUACAUCAUCCAGACCAUCCCAUGGCAAAAAUUGGUCGCCAUCGUAUGUUUAUUCGGCUUCAUCGUCAUCCAAAUGUUAUCUUGAUUGUGGAAUUCAAAGAAAAAGAAAGUUCUCCUUGUGAAAUAGAUUGUUCUUUUUAUCUGGCUGUUGUGAAACAUUCUUCCAUUGAUGAAGAUCCACAUGAUGAUAGUAUAGAGACUGAAAUUCCCAAAAUGUACCUGAAAGUUCUUACAUUAAUAGAAUUUGAUACAUUUGUUAUCACUCAUGGACCAUUUACUAGUGUGGAUGAUCAUGGAGAUAAAACUCCUAGUAAGAGGAAAGCUGGAGUAAGACAGGAAGGAGCAGCACGACGAACUAAACAUCCUGCAUAUUUUAUCCCAGAAUUGGCUCAUGUUGUUGCACUUUGUGAUGAAAGAAUUCCUUUUGUGACACUUGCUCAAGAGCUCACAAAACGAGAAAUCGCACAUCAAGGUCUUCAAAUAGAGGCAAAUGCUACAGCAUUAGUACUUCGUUUAGUUCAACUUCCUCAUCCGCCAGGCCCUCCCAUUGAGCCUUGGGGUUGGCUUUCUCUUCUGAAGAGAUUGUUGUCUGUGGCUAUUAGAGUCCAAGGGAAGGCCAGUAAGAGCUGGAUGGCAGAGUUCAUUUUUCAUGGUAGUCCUCUUGCUAGUACUCAUCCAAAAGAACAAGGAUUAAGGAGACCAGUGUAUUUUCAAUAUGAUAUGGGCACUGCUGACACUAUAUCCAAAACUGUGGAUGCAUUGCUUAGUGAUUGGGCUCAGAUUGUUCAUUUGUAUGUUGUUGUAGAGGAGCUAGCUGAAUAUUUCCGACUGGAAAAGUACAAUUUAUCCAAUAUGGUGACAAUAAAAUCAUAUAGUUAUAGCCGUCUUGUUAUGGGGUAUGGUCCAGAUAGAGGAGCAACUGUUACUGUUCAGUGGAAUAGUGCUGAGAAAGCUUUUCGUCUAAUAUUUGGUGCAACAAAUAAUUGUAUGAAUGCCCACUCCUUAGUUCGAGAACAACUUGAAGCUCAUUUAAAUAGACAUCGCAAUUUAGCACAGAUUGUACAUUUAUUGCAUGAAACAUAUGAACCUCUUCUUUCGAUCAGUAAAUUACCUACUAUCCCACAACUUGGUGUACAUAAUUCGAGACCACAAGUUCCAGUACAAACAUUCACUAUAAUGCCUCAGUCUCCAACGCUAUUACGUAUAGCUUACCAAGGAAUGUAUUGCUUGGAAUUGAGGUUGAGAGGUGGAGGUUUGGUGAGCUUGCGAGAUGGUGCUUACAGUCGUUUUGAUCGGAGCAAUGUGGUGGAUGAGUUCCAUCCAACUCCAGGGUUGAAGGCAUUUUUAUCAAAGUAUGUUGAUGAAACUGCUGUUUUCCGGAGACGAUCUCAGUCUGAAGAUGAUAAUCCACCUUCUCCUGUUACAAUGGAUGCAGAAGGUGGACCAGUUUCAUUCUUGGGAUCUCAUCACAGAGGACCUCAAUCUCCUGCUCAACAGAGGGAAGGUGGUUUGAGAUUCCAUCCUCCUUUGACUCCACCAUCUGGCAGUAAUCCUCAUACUCCUGCAAGUCCUCACCCUGCCAUUUCUCAGCCAAGUCAACAUCAGAGUUUUGGUUCAAGCCCUGCAACAUCUUUCAAUUUAGCAUCUCCACCAUCUCUUCCACCUAAUAUAAAUCCAUCACCCUCAAUGCUACCACAUCCUUCUCCUGGAGGACUCCUAGCAAAUUCACCUUCUAAUCCAUUGCAUGUGCCUAGCCCUGGUUUAAUGCCAACGUCCUCUCCUGGUCCUUGUACAAAUGUCCAAGUGGGUCAUUCUCCAGCCAGUUCUUUCAUGGGACAAGCAGGACACACCGAUGGAAGUCCGUUCCCUUCAUCUCAGAGUAUGACGUCCCCAGCUGCAUCUAAUUGGCCUGGAUCCCCAAGUGUACCACGGCCUUCUCCUGCUAGACCUGGUCAAUCUCCUGGUACAGGACAUCCUGCGUUACAUAGUCCACAGGCAGAUCAUAAGCCAGGUGGUAGUCACUUAUCUCGAGUUCUUCCUCAGCGUUCUUGGGCAGGAGCUGUUCCAACAUUACUGACACAUGAGGCACUAGAUAUUUUGUGUACUCCUAGUGCUCAUCCCAUGGGUCUACCUGGCCCUCCUAUGUCACCAUUAGAAAGGUUUCUGGGUUGUGUGUAUAUGAGAAGACAGUUACAACGUUCAAUUCAAACUGAGGAAUGUUUGACAGGAAUUCCCACUAAUGAACCGGGAGUGGUUCAUUUCAAAGUAGAAAGUUUACAGUGUCGUGUGUGUUUGAACACACAACAUUUCCAGUCACUGCACAUAAAAAUCACACCUUUACCUGAUCAUAAAGAGCAAUGGAGUGCUGAAGAAAUGCAGAUAAUAGAGAAGUUUUUUGAUACUCGUGCUGCCGCUCCACCGUACAAGCCAAAUUCCUUAUCAGGUUUUGGUCGAAUGUUGAAUGUUCCAUACAAUGUCCUAAAAGAUUUUGUACAAAUCAUGAAAUUGGAGUUGAUGCCAACUCUAAUUCAACAACAACAACUCAAAUGGGCUGUUCAAUGGAGCUUACGAAUACCACCUUCAUCAACACCUAUUGUCCCUACUGGCAUGGCAGCAGUUCUUGUUUGUAGAAAUAAAAUUCUUUUCUUUUUACAAAUUACUCGUGUGGGAGUGCAGUAUCCAAAUGGUAUUGAACCUCCAUCUCUAGUAUUACCAUUAGUUUAUGAUGUGAGCACCAAUCUCACUCAGUUAGCUGAAAAGAGGGAUCCAGGCCCAGCAACUGCUACAACUGCAGCUAGCCAUCAGUUGAAGCGAUUUGCUGAAUUUGGAGUCACACCAAAUGAGUGUUCAUUAUUUCCUGCUGUCCGAGACUUGCUGGCUAAUCUUAUUCUUCCAUCAGAACCUCCAUCCCAGGUUGCCUCCUCUCCAGCGCCACCCAUGCAACAAUCUCCAGCAAUGCAAAUGCAUUCUCCUAUGACUGGUGGUGUGGGAGGAGUUGUGGGAAUGCCAUCCCAACAAGGGGGACCAACAGGAGGGCCUCAGCAACCUCCAGGUGGCCUGCAAUACCCUGUGGGCAUAAGCAUGGGGCAGCAUCCCAUGAUGGGGCCACAAUGAAAUAUCAUUGACUUUGGGUACCUGCAUUUUAAGUGCAAACACUCUCGAGACAAGACAUUUCUUACUGUGAGUUUGUUUUUAUUAGAAUCCUUGUAUAUGAAGAGGCACAUUACCAAAAGAGCCUUGAUGUAUCAUAAAUAAAGUAUUUAAUAAAAUUCUACUAUUAUUGAACUUGGCUUCCGGAAGAGGGUUCAUUAACUUUGCUGUCAUGUUGGUAAUUUUGUCACAUUUGUGUUUCUGCAUCAACUUGGAUUCAAAAAAUACUUCAGUGAGCUAUUUUUAUUUUUUUAUUUAAUUAGAAAUAAAGGUCAGUGGUCUGAAAGCAGCAAAAGCUUCUUCUAAGGAAAUAAAUUAAAAAGAAAAGCAAUAAAAUCUUAUAAGACUGCUUCUGUAGACAUCACUGAUGUCAGUGCUAGAUAUUUACAUGUUGAUUAGGAAUUUAAAAAAUAUUCCUGCCUUAAUUAUUCAAUUGAAGUCUUUGAUUUCUGGGCUCCUGUAAUCACAUAAAAAUGCAUGUUCUUUGACAUUUGUACACAUAUUUGUAUCACGAAAAUUUUAAGGAAAUUCCAAAUCUUGACAUUUUGAAUACAGGAUUCUGGUUAUGGACUUUGAUAACACUAGCUUGAAAGAAGGAUGUUAUGUUUCCACACACAGAAAAAUUACUUAACUCAGGUUUUUCAUCUUUUUAUAAUAUCUUGGAGUAAAUGGUUUACAUCAGAAGUGGCCAGCUACCACAGCACUGAGAGUAGUGUUUAUGUAGACAUUUUAAAUUGGGAUGGGGUUGGAAAAGUUAGGAGAGUGGUAAUUUUUAGAUCUUAAUAUAUUUCAACUAGAAUUCAGAAAGGUUACACAAAAUAGAUUAAGCUAUUUGUUUAUAAGUACUCUCUUUGUGACAAUUUAUGUAAUAAUUACAAACACACUCCUCUCUUAUGAUAGAUCAAUUUCACACUAUUUGAUUAUGUACGUUGUGAAUUAUCGGUAAUAAGCAUGCCAUGCCAAGUUACACGAUUUCUCUUUUUAUGGUUUCAAAUAUUCUCAUCUAUGUCUAUUAUUUGCAUAUUGGCCAUUCAUGACCAUGCUACAUGUUAUUUUCCAAGACCCUGGAUAGAUUAACGAGUAUAAUUAUGGGAAAUAGAGUUUUUUGGAUGUAUCCCUUGAUAAGACAAGGUUUUUACACCUUGAAUUAUGAAUAAUGAGGUGAUAAGAUGAUGAUUAGGGGUGAAGGGACUAUCACAAAUACGACCAUGGCUACGCAGGACUCAAACCUGCAGCCUCUUCAGUGCAGACUAUGGUUGCCGCAACGAUCUGUGCUAGGAGGCCGGCUGUCUAUUAUAUUAUUAUUAUUAUUAUUAUUAUUAUUAUUAUUAUUAUUA